AUGCCCGGUUUAAAAUCCCGAAUGAAAAAAAAGUUCUUCAAGCUCUUGCGGAAAGCACCUUUUGUUGGGACAGUUAUUCAAAAGAAGAUUGAUGAAGCCCUGGUUGAUAUCACCUCCAGCUUGUCCUUCCUCAGAGAUGAGAAGGACUAUAUCAAAGCACUGCCGGAGCAAGGCAUGAGCCAGGCUGAAGUGCUUGAGAAGAUGAAAGAGUACAGCUCGAAAGGUGACAUCCGCUGGGAGGACGGCAAGGUCUCGGGGACCGUGUACAGCGGCGAGGAGAAGCUCACCCAUCUGCUCGUGAGGGUAAGGAAGUCAAGCGUAAGAUUUAUAACAGUUGUAGCGAGUUUGCUUUGGUGGUUGCUGCUGUUUUUUAUUCUCCUGCCUGUGGUCUUCCUUGAAAACUGGUUCUGCAAAGUGUACGAGGAGUUUGCCUGGAGUAACCCUCUCCAUCCGGAUAUAUUCCCAGGUUUGAGGAAGAUGGAAGCGGAGGUCGUGAGGAUUGCCUGUACGCUCUUCAACGGGGGCCCCAACUCCUGUGGUGCUGUGACAUCUGGGGGCACAGAGAGCAUCCUGAUGGCCUGCAAGGCGUACCGAGACCUGGCAUACGAGAAGGGUAUCAAACGUCCAGAAAUGUUGGUGCCGAUGAGCGCCCAUGCGGCGUUUGACAAGGCAGCGCACUACUUUGGGCUCAAGAUUGUCCAAAUCCCCUUGACCAAGAGCAUGGAAGUAGAUGUUCAGGCGAUGAGGAGAGCUAUUUCGAAGAACACAGCCAUGCUGGUCUGCUCUGCUCCCCAGUUCCCCCAUGGCAUUAUGGACCCCAUCGAAGAAGUGGCCAAGCUGGCAGUGGAGUACAAGAUCCCCUUCCAUGUGGACGCCUGCCUGGGCGGCUUUCUCAUCGCCUUCAUGGAGAAGGCCGGGUUCCCUCUGAAGCACCGUUUUGACUUCCGCGUGAAAGGUGUCACCAGCAUUUCCGCAGACACCCACAAGUACGGCUACGCUCCCAAGGGCUCCUCCGUGGUGCUGUACAGCAACAAGACAUACAGGAGCUACCAGUACUUUGUGGCGCCCGACUGGCAGGGGGGGAUCUCUGCCUCCCCCACCAUAGCGGGCUCGCGGGCGGGCGGCAUCAUUGCCGCGUGCUGGGCCACCCUGAUGCACAUUGGUGAAUCUGGCUACGUGGAGGCAACCAAGAGGAUCAUCAGAACGGCUCGCUACCUUGAAUCCGAGUUGAGAAAAAUUGACAGCAUCUUCAUUUUUGGGAAGCCUGAGGUGUCUGUCCUCUCCAUCGGCUCAGACACCUUUGACAUUUAUCGAUUAUCCAAUUUGUUGGCAGCAAAAGGCUGGAACCUGAACAUCCUGCAGUUCCCACCAAGCAUCCACCUCUGCAUUACGCAGCUGCACACGCGGCCGGGGGUUGCCGACCACUUCUUGAAAGAUGUCAAAGACAGCAUCGAGGAGAUCAUGAAGGACGUCCACGCCAAGACCACGGGCAUGGGAGCUAUCUACGGCAUGGCCCAGUCCAUCCCAGACCGGAGCUUGGUUGCAUUCCUGGAUGGUCUCUACAGCACGGAUGCUCCUUGCAGUGACAAGCACAUGAACGGCUCUCCCAGCCACCGCUGACCA